AUGGUCAAAUCCCAGCUUCCUUCAGAUCACUCCAAAAUCGUUAUGGGAGGCCACUACCAAAUCCGCAAUACUUGUAUAGUUACUGAAGCGCAUUUUUUAAAGCUAAAAAAGCUAUUAGAUUUGGAUCUAUCUUCAAACUCUUUCACCUUGGAUGUCAAAUCCGAUCGGGUUCUUCCAUUCCAGGUCUUUUCUCUUGCAAUGAGUUCCUGCCAUUUGGGUCCUUUGUCAUUUCCGACUUGGCUGAAGUCACAAAAGCAGGUCUACGAUGUGGAUUUCUCAAAUGCUAGCAUUUCUUGCUCCAUACCUUACUGGAAGUAUUCCAUCAAGCAUUGGAAAUUGUGUUCAUCUCUCUGUAAUAACCACUUGUUUGGAACCAUUCCUACAUUCUUGGGUCAAUUAAGUUGGCUUGAAACAUUGCAUCUCAAUGACAACAAGCUGUAUGGACAGUUCCCAUCAUCAUUGCAAAACUUAUCGAGUUUGGAGACCCUAAAUCUUGGAAACAACAGAUUAAAUGGUAGAAUUCCACCAUUGAUUGGGAAAGGAUUUGAAAGUCUAAGAAUUCUUAUCUUGAGGUCUAAUUCAUUUUUAGGAGAACUUCCGGCUCUGUUAUCAAAUUUAAGUUCACUACAAGUCCUGGAUCUAGCAGAAAAUCAGUUGACAGGUAGUAUUCCAGCUAGCUUUGGACAUUUCAAAGGCCAACUUCAAAGAUACACCAAGACCCUCUCUCUUGUAACCAUGCUAGACCUUUCAGGGAAUAACUUGAGUGGAGAUCUUCCUACAGAGAUGACAAAUUUGUUUGGUUUGGUCAUUCUCAACUUGUCAAGAAACCAUUUCACUGGUCACAUUCCCAAAAGCAUUUCAAAGCUGAAGCAAUUGUCUUCUCUUGAUCUGUUGGAUUUUAGAACAAAAAACACAGCAAAAACGAAAGAGAAAGAAGCUUAA